AUGACUGGAAAAGGCGACAGCAAUUCCUCAAAUGAAACAAGGGUCAGCGGGGAGGGGCAGCACUCCCCCAAAUCAGGCACACGGACGCCUCGAAGGAUCCGCUGGCUGGACGAACGCAGACGCUCCAACAGUGCCGCCCAUGUUUUGGAUCCCGCCGGCCAAGACCCAGAAUCCUUUAACGCCCUGGUAGACGCUCUGGAAAAGCACCGGCGGGAAACUCCAAAACCUAGCGCUGCGACACCACUAACGAGCAAAGUCCACUACUACUCCUCGCGAUCACCGGCGGAUGGACUGGGCGAAUCCUUCAGCGACUUUGACAAGGACGACUUUGAAGAAGAAGAAGAGGGAGAUGAGGAGGACGAAGACUUGGACGGCCUGUCCUCAAUGACCCAUUUGAACCGCGCACCGACACUCCCCGCGCACUACGCCUCGUCUUCCCCUCCAUCACCAAUGCCAGACCCCGGGGAAGCCGGCCCAUCGAAUAAAGAAAGUUCCAAAUGGUACUCGAGGAAGAAAGCGAAGCGGAUGGUGCAGCUCCACGCGCGCAGGAUGUGGCCUCGCGCGACGUCCCGCAAGAGCCGCAAGGGCCACCACCGUCGGGAGGGGUCGCACCCUUUGGACUUACCAACUCCGGGACCCAGCCACGAUACGGACAUAGAACAGAAUCGACACCGGUUCAGAUAUGGAGGGGACGUCGAUAAUGAGGACGAAGGUGACGAAGAGUACGGGAGCGGUAUCCUCUCUACUCUUCUUCAGCUCUACGGCCACCCUGAAUCAGACGACGAAUCUCGCUUCUCGUCCGCCUUCUCGUCGGGUGCCUCUACACCAUGGAGUGAGGGUUGGCAGAGUGAUUCCCAAGUCAAUCUACCUGACGGCGCUGAAACGCCUCACCGCUUCGACGACAAGUCGCGGAAACGUCCCCGCGUUCCACGCCCCCGCCUCAACCUUCCUUCGCUGGGCAUGGUCCAGCGGCAUCCCAAAGCCAGGAGCGGAGGCGGCGUUUUCGGUGCCCUAAUCGCAACGACCGGAAACCUAGGCGGUAUCGCAGCACCGGUCCACAGCCAACUCCAACCAGAUAUCCAUCGUUCAGGUUACGCCUUAUCACGAUAUACCCCAGUCGACGAGAACCCACCCGGCUUCCCACCAGCACUCACAACCCACAGCCGCAGCAAAUCAGAAAACGCCAUCGAACUACAGCGGUUCAAGCCACCACCCGACCAUGAACCGCCUCCCAAAUUCCAAUCCCUACCGCCAUCUCCUCCCAGUCAUCAUCAUGUCGAUCAGCCUCAGCAUCAUGAAGUCAAGCCGGAUAGACCCAAAGUCAAACGGAUGCCGUCGUUCAAGUCUAUUAGGAGUAUUGGGUCGGUGAGCGGACGCUCGACGCCGCUGAGCUUCUUGUCUACGAAUAGCUCUGUUACGCAUGCUGGGUCUACUGGGCCCUCGGAGAAAUUUGAGAGGAGGGAGAAGAGGCGGAAACGGAAGAAGGCUGAGAUUUUUAUCACUCGACACAUUGCACAAAUCAUCCAACGGGAAGAGUUCCUGCUCAAGUUGACGAGGGCGAUGAUGAUGUUUGGUUCGCCUACCCAUCGACUACCGUCGCAGAUCCAGUCGGCUGCUCGGGUACUCGAUGUGCACCUCGGUAUGCUCUACCUCCCAGACGUGGCUCUGGUCAGCUUCGACGACCCCUCCACGGGGACGAGCCACGUCCGAAUGAUACGACAAGCCAGCUCCUUGGAUCUGAACAAACUCAUAGACUCCUUCAGGCUGUACUGGAAGGUCAUCCACGAUAAACUAUCCGUAUCGGAAGCCUCUGCCAAACUGGACGAUCUGAUGAAGAGUCCACCGAUGUACAGCUGGUGGCAUAUCGUCCUGUUCGGCGGAAUGUGCUCGUCGGCGAUCUGCACCGUCAGUUAUGGCGGGAGUUUCAUCGACGCGUUGAUAUGCUUCCCCCUCGGUGCGCUCAUGAUGGUCAUCCAAUUCUUGAGCGUCCGGAAUCAACUUUAUGUUCACGUUUUCGAGAUUACGGUGACGAUGCUGUUCAGUUUCAUCGCUGCAGCGCUAGCUGCUACGCAUAAAUUCUGCUACUCGGCCGUUGCGUCUAGUUCAGUCGUGUUGAUCCUACCCGGCUUCAUCGUCCUCACCGGCUCGCUCGAGAUCAUGUCGCGGAACCUCGUCUCAGGUGCGGUGAGGCUCUGCUACGCCAUCAUGUACGCCCUCUUCCUCGGGUUCGGGUUCGCCAUGGGUGCCUCCCUCUUCGAGAUCAUGACCGAUAGCAAGGUCUAUGGGACGGAGGACUACGAGUGUACGGCUACCCAUGAUCCCAAUGGACCGUGGUACCAGCGGACUCCGUCGAAAUAUUGGGAUAAGUUUCCGAUGUUUUCGACGUUCUUGAGUUUGAAGAAUCAGGCGCCGUGGAAUCGGAAGGAGACUCUCGUUCUCAUCUUGAUUGCGUGCAUUGGAUGGACGACGAAUUACUUUACUGGUAUGAAGUUCAAGGGGCAGAGUGAUAUCAUUGCGUGUAUUGGUGCCUUUGCAGUCGGGAUCGUCGCCAACAUAUACGCUCGAGUCUUCUCCGGGAACGCCUUCGUAGUAAUGGUAACAGGCAUCCUAUUCCAACUACCAUCCGGACUCGGCAGAGGCGGUCUCCUCAGCUACGCAACGGAACAAGCAGCCGGUUCGACCGAGUCGUACAUCUCUGGUUUUAGGACGACGUUGAAGCUGGUUUCGGUUGCGAUUGGGUUGGCUAUUGGGCUUGGGCUUGCUAUUGUUAUUGCCCAUCCGAUACAGAGUAGGAGGAGGGAGGCGGGGAUUUUUAGUUUGUAG